CACAAAGAUCAAAUUGAAUUCCUUGACCCUCUUCCACUUCAAGGUAUACUUCUCUUUCUUGAAGACCGGCAAUGCACCGUUUGCCGAAGUGUUCUGAGGCACAACCUUUUCCUCGAUAAAGACGUCGUUGAUCAGACUGUUGAUAACGUGUGCCCCCACUGGUGCGUAUGACUUGGACCACAGCACCACACCAGAGGUGGUCAAAAUUUCAAAAGCUUCCAACAUCUUUGUAUACGCUUGGAAGAGAAAUCAAAGGUACAAGGAAAAAGGGGAAUCCUGGGAAAUCAAAAGAGGUGGGGGUGCGUAGGACCAGGACCAGGACCAGACCUAGUGGGAAAGUUCGCGCGGUGGCGGAUCGGAGAAAGGCGAAUGCUGGAGCUCGGAGGCAGAGCGGAUCUUCAGCCACGUAUAAACACCUCGCUCUACUUCACCCAACUCCAACCGUCUCCACGCCCUCCACCUCUCACCCCUCAACCUUCCCCCUCGACGCAAGCACGCACUACUCCGUCUCAUUCAGUGCUUUCUCUUCCUCUCCUUUUUCCCUGUUGAUUCAGGUCCAUCAUGUACCGGGGCUCCUUCGCACCGCCGCCCGCGCAGUCGCCGCCUCUGCAUCACCCUGUCCCACAGCAUGUGUCGACCGUCCCGAUGAUGCGCUCACCACCCCCUCCCUCCUCUCAACAGACACCAAAUGCCGGAUAUGGCGGCGGAGGUAACCCAUACCAGCCGUCUCCUGCACAGGGGGCCAGUGGCAGCUAUGCCCCCGGAUUUGGUGGGUUCAUAAAUGACCCUACGGCGCAGAUGGGUUUCCAGGUCGGACAGACUGCGAUGAAGGCUGGACAGGACUAUAUGGAGCAAAACUUCAACCGCUACGUCUCAAUUCCUGCCCUGAAGCACUACUUCAACGUCUCCAACUCAUACGUCUUGAGGAAACUCGCCCUUGUCCUCUUCCCAUGGCGACACAAGCCUUGGUCUCGUCAACAGGCCAGAAUGGCCGGUAAUCCCACGGGGCCGAACGGUCAGAUCGUUCAGCAGCAAUACUCCUCCAUGUUCCUGCCCCCGCGGGACGACCUCAACUCGCCUGACAUGUACAUUCCCGUCAUGGCACUAGUCACAUACAUCCUGCUAUCGGUAUUGCUGGCUGGAUUCCGAGGUGACUUCCACCCGGAGCUUCUGGGAUCGAUCACCACCACGGCCAUUGCAGUGAUUAUCUUCGAGAUCUUGUGCCUGAAGAUGGCUAUGUACAUCUUGACAAUCAACAACGAUUCCCAGCUCCUAGACUUGGUCGCUUAUUCCGGAUACAAAUUUGUGGGCAUCAUCGUGACUCUGGUUGCUUCCGAAAUCCUGUCUCCUGGACGCGGAACUGGUGGCUGGGUCGGCUGGACGGUCUUCGUGUACACCUUUUUGGCCAAUGCAUUCUUCUUGCUCCGCUCAUUGAAGUACGUCCUACUUCCUGACUCGACCGACUCGACUAUGCGCAACGGUGCCAUGCACACCGUGGCUCGUUCCCAGCGCAACCGUCGCACCCAGUUCCUGUUCGUGUAUGCAUAUCUGAUUCAGUUCGUCUUCAUGUGGGUGCUGAGCCGGGAGGGCCCGUCCACGCUGGGUGCGAGCGCCAGCUCAUGAUUUAUUGUAUGGGGGUUAUGAAAUCACUUGCAUGUUUGGGGGUAUAGAUGGGAUUGACAGGGGGGCAAGGCUUGUACGGACUGGGUGGUCGUUCAGCGUCUGAAUUGCUUUGGGGCCUCAAGUCUGUGGAGGAAAGGCCCUGAUAGUCACGAUAUAGCACGACUUACUGUAAUCAAAAUCAUUUACAACGGAGACACGAUAUUUACACGAACAAUGUCUAACGUGGAUUACGGGAAUAGAUAAAAAUAGCUCGUAGUUUGGAAGCAAUGGUUUUGUAUUAAUGAAACUAUCCGGCGGUGAUUGGCUCUUGACGAUAUGAAGCUGAGGAAGUCUAUCAACAGUUAGAAACGGAUCCCAACUGAUGAUGCAAAGCAGGGUGUGCAUUGUGUGAGUGGUCCUCAGAGAUCUUGGUGAUAAAGGUAAUAUCAUAGCCAGUAGCUCAAUUACUAUCUAGGCGUGAUAAGAUUUUUAAUCAUCGGGCCGGGGGGGAGUGAAGUAGUGCAAGACAUGCCACGAUGGCAUUGAGAAAAUACUAACCUCGUGGGUAAGCAAAGCCAGGCAACAUGGCCAUGCCAUCCAGAUCGAGUCAAGCUCCACCGCCAAGUUUGAAAAUAAUCUAAGUCUUCAAGCAGUUAGCGAUGAGGUCCGCUCGAGGUCAUGGUAACAGUAACAAUAACAACGUUGUGUCACAAUAAUAUCAGAAUAUGUAAGAAAUUGAAUAUCAUCCAGCAGUGCUGCAUCGAGAGCUCCGGCGAGAGCCUCACAGACACCGGG